AUGUCCGUUGCUGUAGCUAAUUCGUUUACAUAUCAGAAGAUGCAUAUUAAAUCUGACCAGCACGUGUCGAUGAUGUUUUCAUAUCAUCGUAGCAUCGGAAGCAUCUAUUCGAUGGAACUUUGCGUGAAGCUCCAAGAUGUGGGGGGCAGCUCAUCUAGUUCGAAUAACGUGGAGGAAAUGCGAAAUUCCGGCGCUGGUGAAGGCAUUCCAUUUUUGGACAUAGGUAGGGGUCGUAGUCCGUCCUUUAAUGCCUUCGUGGCCCCCGCCCAGAAUACAGAAAUAUCUGACCGACGUCCAUUCCCGAAUGUCCAUGUUGCAUAUCCGGAAGGAAUGGCCGACGGGUUGGCUGACUCAUCUGAGGAAGACGAGAUUGAGAAUGAUAGUGGAGAGGAAGCAGAUGUUGUUCCGGAAACCCAACCGGUUCAGGGCGAUAGGGUCAUCCCAAGUGUUGUUGAACCGAUCAAUGUUGCAAGGGUCGGAGGUCUUUCUAGCGGCACCCCCGACCAUUACCUGCACCUCAGUCUUGGUCCAAUGAACUCGACAAAUGCAGAGGACAUACCCAGUAACUAUGGUUUGACAGGUGAAAUGGAGCUAGAGGUUGGCCUGAAAUUCCUGACUAAGGAUGCAGCAAUGCUUGCUGUUAAGAACUACAACAUACGUCGAAGUGCGGAAUUCAAAGUAGUGGAGUCAGAUCAUACCAGGUAUGUUUGUCGGUGCAAACUUUUUGGUGACCAAUGUUCCUGGAUGGGGUCCGUGGAGUCGGCAUACGGAUACAAGGUGUCUUACAAAAAGGUUUGGCUAGCAAAGCAAAAGGCAAUAGCGAGAAUCUAUGGAGACUGGGAUGAUUCUUAUAACCAGUUACAGAGAUACUUCAAUGCGUUGCAAACCUUUGUUCCAGGUACCUUGUUGAUGGGAAUAGCACAGGACGGAAACAACAACAUUCUUCCCAUAGCCUUCGCGCUAGUGGAACGAGAGAACACAGAUGCAUGGUACUUCUUUCUGACCAACUUAAGGAGACAUGUGGCUACGCAACCAGAUGUUCUACUGAUCUUCGACAGGCAUGCGGCCAUAAAGGCUGCUCUGGAGCGGGAGGGUUAUGGCUGGGAACACAAUGUUUACUGUGUCCGACACAUUGUGUCCAAUUUCGCAACAAACUUCAAGAGUAAAGAAGUCAAAAGACAUCUUGUUAGCGCUGCAUACUCGAAGACCCAAGAGCAGGCACAGUACUACCUAGAGUUAAUCAGCGCGGAGGAUCCGGCCAUGUCACUGGCAAUGAUGGCUUGGAUAAGAGGGUUAGAGCCACCAAAAUGGCUCCAACACCGGGAUAAGGGGCGCCGAUAUGGUCACAUGACAACGAACCUUUCUGAGUGUAUCAACUCUGUGAUGAAGGGCACUCGUAACCUUCCGGUGUGUGCAAUUGUCAAGUCCACGUACCACCAUUUAAAUGCAUUGUUUGUCCAGAAGGGUCGGCAGGCAGAAGCACAGGUUGCAUGUGGCCAGAUGUUCUCAUAG